AUGGAGCUUUAAUGUUCAAUUUAUGAACUGAAUUAAUUAAAUAGUCAUACUACAAGGGUCUACUCAGUUUGCUUUUUACCAGAUGGAGCUACUUUAGCAUCUGGUAGUGUUGAUAACUCAAUCAGAUUAUGGGAUGUUAAAACUGGAUAAUAAAAAGCCAAAUCCGAUGAUCAUGCUAAUUGGGUCUAAUCAAUAUGCUUCUCACCAGAUGGAACAACUUUAGGAUCAAGUAUUAGGUAUAACAUAAUCUUUUUAUUCAGAUAUUAUGAGCAAGAUAUUAUUUGA